AUGGAUGCGGUAAAGUCGGUAUUGAGUGCUGCGAAGAUGAAGAAGACUGACAUCCACGAGAUAUUGUUGGUGGGUGGAUCGACGCGUAUUCCGAAGGUGCAGACGAUGCUGCAGGACUUCUUCAAUGGCAGGCAAUUGAAUAGGUCGGUCAACGCAGACGAGGCAGUGGCGUACGGCGCGACAUUGCUGGCGGCCAAACUGACUGGCGCUAUGCCGAAGUCGAUGCAACAAUUGAGGCUGCUGGAAGUGGCGCCAAUGUCACUGCGUAUGGAGUUUCCAGACGGUACUAUGCAGAAGAUGUUAGUGCGUAACACACAAAUGCCGAUGAAGCAGAAAUGGGCUUGCACAGCCCCCAAAGAUGAUAGUGUUGAUACGUUGUUCAGGAUAUUCGAGGGUGAAUGUGAGGAGGAAGGCGACAACUACACUAUAGCUGACUUUCCGUCAACGAAUUUUUCAGUGGAUCUACAUGGUUUGAUCAAGUUCCACUUGACAUUUACAACUGACGAAAGUGGCAUUCUCCAUGUGUCAGUGGUGGAAAAGUCGUCAAGGAAGCAGAAGAGCAUCACGACUAUCAAUUACAAAGGCGGUCUGUCGGAGGAGGAGAUAGAACGAAUGAUGAAUGAUGCGGAGAAGUUCAAGCAGGUGGAUGAGAAGGAGAGGAACAGGAUGGCAGCGAAGAAUGGAUUGGUGGACUACAUUUACAGCAUAAAGGAGGAAAUGGGGAGCGAGGAGAUGAAGCAAAGGACAUUGGAGGAGAAUAGACAAAAAGUGAUUAGGAUGUGUGAGGAGAUGAUAAAUUGGACGAACACAGAAAAGAACGCCAAAGGGAAGGACUAUAAACGAAUGCGGAGAACGUUGGAGGAGAUGUACACCGAUAUUGCCAUGAUCAAAAGAAGUGCCGAUUCUGAUCGUGGAGAUGUGAAAAGAGAUACAAACAGCUGUGGACAUCCAAACACCUGCAUUUGUAUCAUGGAACAUAACGAGAAGCAACGGAUUUUAAAAAUCUGCUUACUUAAAUGUGAGUAA